AUGGUUAUUGACCGCUUCUUCAGUUGUUCCUCAAAGACGGCUCAAAAUCUGAGAGUUUUCCUAUUUUCGCUUGUUUAUUGACGUUAUUAUCCGACUCGAGAAAUUAAAAUCUUCAGUAACUUCUUUGGGGUCCUAGUGAAUGAUGGAGCCAGCGCGGCGGCACGGUUAAAUCAGGAGCGCUGGCGCGGCGGGCGCGGCUGCUGCGAGCCACCUAGUGGUCGGAGGCGUGCCGUGCUGGAAUGUUGUGCGGGGAGAUCCUGCGCUCCCCCCAGCAGUGCUUGAGCGUGGUGCCGCUGGGCGUGGGCGUCAACGGCGUCAACAGCCCGUACCUCGCGCUGCUCGCCAUGGCCACCCUGAGCGCCAUGGACGCGGACAACGACGACAUCUUCCUCGAGGAGAAGGCCCCCCUGAUGAUGAUGCCCGACGAUGGCCGAGCCAGUGGGACGGGCAGCGACUUGGAGCGCGACCAAGAGAACGGCCUGCUGAGUUACGAGAACCCCAACUACCACCUGCUGCACGAGGACCAGCUCAACUCCAACACGGAGGAGGACCUGCUGUACUACGAGCACCUGUACGCCGAGCUGAGCCAGCGAGCCCAGCAGCAGGCCAGCCAGGGCACCACCACCCAGGGCGGCACCACCCAGGGCGGCGCGCCCAACGAUGAGUCCGACCGGUCGGCGCGCAGGAACUACAAGAACCUCGACAUCGGCUCCAUGGGCGUGGACGUCAGCGCGGGGCCCGUGCUGGAGGACACGGUGGACAGCCAGGACCUGGUCGACAACCGGGCCUCGGAGGGCGGCGGCCUGGACAACUCCCCGAACGGCAACCAGCUGAACCAGCGCGGCGACAUGGGCCGGCGAGCCAGGCCCGACCUCAUCCAGACGGCCGAGCCGCCGCACCGCACCAGCCUCCUGAACGUGAACAGCGCGGCGCUGGACGGCUCGGACAUCCCGCACAUCGCCGGCCAGCUCAACAACGACCUGUACGCCGUGGCGGUCAAGAGGCGCCCGGCCGCGGCGCAGAGCCAAGGCCCCGGCCAGGGCCCCGGCCCAGGCAGCCUCACGCCCUCGCCGGACUCUCCCGUCGCACACUCGCUCAAGGAGAACCUGCCGCCCGGCUGGGAGCGCCAUGAAGACAACGACGGCCCCUACUACUGGCACAUCAAAAGCGGCACCAUCCAGCGGGAGCCCCCCAGCGCGGACACCCCCACCCCCGGCGGCAAGCCCAUGGACGCCGAGCUGCUCAAGGACACGGACACGUCGCUGUCCGCGGUGGUGUCGUGCGUGACGCGCAGCAACACGAGCUCCGCCCUGGAGGAGCUGUCGGGGCAGCGGCUGGAGCGGCGCGAGGAGCUGGCGCUGAAGCGGCGCAGCUACCCGGCCGGCCCCUCGCCCGGCGCCAACCCCGCGGCCGGCGCGGCGCGGCCCGGCAUGGCCCUGGGCAACUCGCUGGACGCGGCCGACGCCAAGGAGCGGCCCAUCCGCUUCGCCGUGCGCUCGCUCGGCUGGGUGGAGAUCGCCGAGGCCGACCUGACGCCCGAGCGCAGCAGCAAGGCCGUCAACAAGUGCAUCGUGGACCUGUCCCUCGGCCGCAACGACCUGCUCGACGUCGUGGGCCGCUGGGGAGACGGCAAGGAUCUGUUCAUGGACCUGGACGAGGGCGCUUUGAAGCUGAUAGACCCUGAAAAUUUAACGCUCCUCAAUACUCAACCUAUCCACACAAUCAGGGUGUGGGGUGUAGGCCGCGACCACGGCAGGGAGAGGGAUUUUGCCUAUGUUGCCCGUGAUCGCACAACCCGGAAGCACAUGUGCCAUGUUUUCCGCUGUGAUAUCCCAGCUCGAACCAUUGCAAAUACACUAAGAGAUAUAUGCAAAAAGAUUAUGAUUGAGCGUAGUCUUCAACAGAAUCUGGCAAAGCCUAUUGACAUUAGUGGCCAUGGGAUGUUAGGACGAGCAGGUCUUGCCGCUCGUCCUACAAACUUGCCAACAGAGCAUCGACGCUUCCACCACCGAAGUGGCAUGGCCCUUGUCACACAAUCUUUCCCAACUCCUAUGGAAGAACCAAGGAAAGUUAUUCGCGCUCUGUACCUUGGAUCAAUCCAAGUGGAUCGUGCUACAGGAAUGGAUGUGUUGAAUGAUGCCAUUGACCUUCUAUCUGCUGCUGCUCCACAAGACCAAUGGCGUCCUGUACAUGUUGCUGUGGCACCAUCAAUGAUCUCAGUUCUUAAUCCUAAUGAUGAUUCUUUAAUAACAGAAUGCCGAGUUCGAUAUUUAUCAUUUUUGGGCAUUGGUCGUAAUGUUAAACAGUGUGCUUUUGUUAUGCACACCGCCCAAGAUCUGUUCAUAGCUCAUGCUUUCCACUGUGAGCCCUCUUCAGGUGCUCUGUGCAAAACUGUUGAGGCAGCAUGCAAGCUGCGUUAUCAGAAAUGUCUAGACGCUCACCCUCAGGGCUUCAGACAGCCAAGCACCAGUGCGCAGUCCCCUGGCCGAGGCUUGGGUGCCACACUGAAGUCGUUGGUCGGCACCCUCACUGGACGCAAAGCAAAGGGGUCAGAAUCCUGAGAUGAGGCUCUUUCUCUGCAGGAAUCAUUUCCUGCAGAGAAGGACAAAGAGCCUCCUGAGCCUCCCCGUGUUCGUCAUCUGCAAUCACCAAAGACACCCCAGUUCUUCACAAGCGGUUGGAUAGCCAUGGCCAUCAACUCUCCUGGAUCGACUGGCUCGACUGGUUCAGCUGGCACUCCCAGUGGCAGUCCCCCCAGCACACCUCUGAGUCCCAGCUCACAACCAGUAGUUUUGUGGGAGAAACUGCCCACUGGUGUUGCAGCAACUCCAUAACUGACUUCAAGCUAACUCAGCAGGCCAGUCUUUUGUGUAUCUGAGUGUGCUUCAGUGAAGUGUGAUAGUUUACCAGUGAAAGUGACAUGACAUAUAGGAAAAUGAAUGAGAUGGGUACUAAGUGAAUGCAGAAUACAGUGGUGUUGGAUGUGAUUUACAUAAUGGAUUCUGAGGUCUUACUAGAGUUAAUUGUUAAUAGUGUUUAUGGAGAGUCUAACAUUACAAGUCUGGAUUGAACUUU